GUUCAAGCUACACUUUUGCUACUAAAAAAUAGGAUUUGUCAUUAUAUUGUGACAUUUUUUGUCAACAAAUCAUCUAAAAAAGCUUUGAAGUCAUAUUAACUAUUUAAGUAAAUUUUGGUUUUAAAGCUCAAUUGUUUAACGUUAUGGAAGAGAAUAAAUGGAAUGCAGAUAUAUACACACCAAAUAGACCAAAAAGAAAUGAUACAAGGUCUUCAUCCCAUAGAAACCGUUAUCCAAGAUUAGAUUCUAGUUAUAUUGAUGAUGCUACGUUAAAUGCAAUGAUAACUAACGGGAUGCUAGAUGCAUUGGGGCCAGUACAUUUUGCUGAAUUUAGGGCUUCUACUAGACAGGCCAUGGCCCCAACAAAUUCAAAUGUGACAAAUGGUUGGACACCAGAGUGUAGAUUUGAAUGGAGAAUUAACUCUAGUUACACAAACCAGGCAUUUCAGGAUAAAGAAGAUAAUACCAAGUUUAAAAAUUUGCAAAAAGAUCAGCUGGCUGAAUUAGCACAAAAAGAAAUAUCUUCCAAGAAAGAUUCACGUUUUUUGUUACAGAAAUUAAUAAUGGAAGAAGACGGAUCUUCCACAGAUCCAGCUAUUGCAAGUCAAAGGCAAGAAUCCAUUAUGCAGUGGUUUGAUCGAGCAGUAGAGAGAGAGUUGCAAAGAAGGAGAGAUACAUCUUUAAACGGAAAUUUACCGACCGGAUUGGCAGAGACUAUAAUGCCUGCAAAAGAUCUCAACCUCCCCAAAUCACUUAUAGAUAAAAUGGCAGAAGCAACAGCCAGUCGAAUAGAAACAGUAUCGCAGAUGUCAAUGAUACCCGAUACAGAAUUAUCCGAUGUUGUGGAUAAGUUUGCCAAAGCUGAAGCAAUGUGUGCAUUUGCAGGAGCCGUAAAAGCGGCUGAAGCAGCUGCUGAAGCCGCACCUCCAGAAUUAGCUGAAGAAGCAGCGUUGGCCAGUGCGAGAAUAUAUCAGAGUGAGUUGAAUGCUACCGAAAUCAAAGAAGAAUUUUCGGGUAUCAGACCAAUGGAAGUUAUUGGAUAUAUCGGCGUUACUAAACCAAAACAUCCAGUUAAGUCUGAAAAAAAGUAGUACAUUUGGCGACCAAAAUAGUUUUAAUGUAAAAUAAAACUAUUAUAUAUUUUUAACUUUUGACACACUUGAUACGCAAAAAUUUAAUAAAAUGUAUUUUUAAUGGA